AUGUCUCUUCCAUCGUACCAAGAAGCCCUCGCUCGCCCGUCUAUCCCGUCACUCGUUGCUCCAUACCUUGAUCUCAGCACACUGCGGUCUGCUAGUCGAGUCAACAAAGCAUGGUCGAGGGAUAUGAAUCGUCAACUAUGGGGUGAUGCUCUAAAGUCCUUCUCCAAUUCUACCCACCCCUUUCAGCAAAUGACUCGUUUCCUUGAAGAAGCGGCUAAGUAUCGUCCAGAUCUACGCGAAAUGAUCACUACAAUCGACCUUCGACCCCUACUUGCUCGCCAACACGCAUUUGACUUGCGACAAGAGUUUGCCAAGCUCGAGCUUGACAUUGGCUAUCGUCGAAUCCUUCAGCACUGCCUCGUAUUCCACAACCUACGAUUUUUAGUCCUCGACGAAUUGACACGUAAAGGGGAGUGUGAUCAGACCGGCUUUCAUUGCCCGAAUACGCGAAUUCUCCUUCUCAGUGCCCGAGGCAUUUCACUCAGCGGCUACAAGAGUUUCUUGUCUCUGCCCGAGUUCCGAGAUCUCAUGUAUCUAGACCUAUCUUACACCAGCUACUCCAACGCUUUCGAAAUCCCACUUGAGUUCAAGAAUCUUCGAAUCGCAAAGCUCCGUGGCUUACGACUCACUAAAAUUCCGCAGUUCAUUCUCGAUCGAGGCACCAGUCUUUGGAGUCUUGAUGUGCGGGACAACCUCUUGACUGGCGAUUGUCUCGGCGCUCUCUAUCAGCAUUGCUUUCAAAAGAAACAUGCAGCUUUAGCUGGGACGGACCAGGCACUUAAUGAUGUACACUACCUGUAUGAGAGUCCACCGGUGUAUCAUAGAACCAGUGAGGAGGAUCUCACAACCGCAGAUUUCUUGUCUAUCAGACCGGACUCCACAGAUGCGUUCAUCAAUUACUUCAAGGAGAAUUGCGACUUGUACAAGGCCUACCCGUCGUCCAGAAUACUUCCAGGCAAAGACCCCAUAUACAUCCACUCUGGCCUAACACAGCUAUACAUCUCGGGUAAUAAAUUAAACUCUGGCAACGUCAAUUUCCUUCUCUCAACGCAGAAUCGACUUCAAGUCCUCGAUAUAGGUUCUGUUCGUGCUGGUACAUUGCAAUACAAAACUAUGUAUGCCGUUUGGACUGGAUGCGAGAUGAUAACACCAUUGUACGGCUGCCGUCUGGAACAGUUGCGAAUCCACCACUCGGCCGUCACCCGCAUCCCCAACAUUCUCAGUAGCGACUCUGCAGUAGGAUACGACCUUGAAUCUCUAAAACAAGCAGAGAACAUGGCGCGCAAGGACUGGUCAAAUCGUCUAACCCCACUCUCCCACCACCGCCUCAAGUCUCUCACACUGACGGACAUUCCAACCAAGAGCUACGGGCCGCUCAUCAGGCAGCUCACACUCCUGCUGAAGGAAUGUGCAGACCAAGAAGAGAAACUGGCGGCAGUACGAGAUACCAUGUCCCCAAGCCGCCGUGCUCCCCAAGUCCUGAGCGGACUGAAGACGCUCCGCCUGGAAUUUCUGCCGGAAGUAGCUGCACCGGCACCCGAGGCGAGCUCCGUCUCGGGUGACCGAGACGCUGAUGGGUUUCUGGCGCGAAGUCUGGGAGAUUUCUCGUUUUUCGGGGGGAGUGGAGGAGCGGAGUGGGUGGAGAAGAAGGGGACGGGAGCGGGGAAAGGCGGGAAGGGAGGAAAGGGGAAGGAGAAGGGGAAGGAGAAGAGGGAAGUGGAGCCGGAAGACGUUGUUGAAGCAUUGAGGGGUUUCCGCCGGGCCCAGAAGCCGGCGGGGUGGGGCGGAACUUUGGAACUGGUCUGGCCCCGGGGUCGUUAA